UUUGACUCAUACCCCCCUCCGAAUGGUUUGACCCAGUCUGACCAGUUCUGGAGGAAAACGAUCGAUUGAAGCAGGAACUUGGCUUCGUUCUUCCCCAAAAGGAGACGAUUUCUCGCGAAUUUAAGUAGUUUUACGUUGUCAAUAUGUCCGGGAGGUAUCUGUGUCUUGCUGUGGCCGUUUUCCUGGCCUUAUUUUGUGCCGUAGCCGCCCAGACGACGACUCCAACGCCAGAACUAGACUGCAGUGAGAGGAACUCUUCAUGUGAUGAGUGCAUCAAAAAUGUCAAGUGUUACUACUGUUACCAGGACAACUCCUGCCGUCUGUACCCAGCUGAGAAGAUCCUCCCACGAGACUGUCCCCUGUCCAAGGCUCGUUGGGGAAUCAGCUGCGCCAUUAACUUUGAGGCCCUGAUCAUCGCGAUGUCAGUAGUUGGAGGAGUCAUCCUGAUCUCCUUCUUCUGCUGUAUCUACUGCUGCUGCUGCAGGACUUCAUCCAAGAAGGCACAAGAGAAGUAUGACAAGGAAGACGCUAAGAUUGAGCGUGCUCGUGAGGAGCGGCGACUGAAGCAUGCCGAGAGGAGAGCUGAACGUGACGCAAAGAACCAGGAGAUUCGUAUGAAAUACGGUCUGGUGAAAGAAGACAACCCGUACCAUCGCUUCGACCAAAACUAGAGCAGCACUCGGGCGGGAGUUCAAGAGCUUCUGUAUCCCGGCAACCUUCGAUGAAUUUCCUUAUCAUUCUCAAAUUGUCAAUGUUUUCACCUUCUUGUCAACUUGUUUUAUGUCAGAGAAGGGGAAAUGAUGUUGAAUUCUAAAUGUUGAAAUCAUUGCACAGCCAUGGCUUUAUUCUUCAUUGUUGUGUACUUGUAUAAGUACAACCAUCAUUUUCUUACAUUCACAAAUCCCACCUUUUCAAGUCUGGCUCCCAAAAAGUUCAAAAGGAGCACUCAUACCAUAAAGUGUUUUUUCUUACUCGCACCUUAAACCUAGAAUGUUUUGUGAUAUUUAAAAGGCAGAGGAAUGAUUUUCGCAUGGCUGUAUCAGCUUUCAGUAGUGAAUUUUAUCGUCAAUGGUUGCAAAUAGAGCGAGAAAUGUAUACAUGUAGUGCCUUAGUAACGCUCUGUGAAUAUGGGAUGGAGGUAUGAUAAUAUUAAUGUACGGAAUUAAAGAGGACCAGAGAGUUGAUAGUAGCCCUGAAAUUUAUGCAAAAUAUAAUUUAUUGAUUCUGAAGCACUUGCAUUUGGGAGGAUAAGGAAUUUUUAUGCUUUCUGCCUCAACCUUAUGAUAUGGUUUUCAGUUUGAGAUUUUCUUCUAAAUUCUGAACAUUGGAGUCACCAGAAUUUGUUUUGGAAGGAAUUGUUUGGCUGAGAUAAAAUGCUUCCUUUCUGUUUUUUAGAAUAAGGAAAGCAAAUUGAUGUUAAGAAAACAGCAGACAUCUUAGCAAAGAGACUUGAAAUAACUCCUUAAGCUGGUGUCAACAUUUGUCAUCUUGGAUUCUUUGAUACGUUUGACUUUAAGAAUGUGUACGUCUAAUUCUAUAGGACUGGUACUGAAUGGCAGGGUUUAUACUCUCUGGUUGUCUGUCUAUCUUAUGGCUUAAGGAAGAUUCACAAGGGUAUAGGGGUCAUUUCAAGGUCACAGAACACUUCAGAUAUAUACUAAUAUAGAGGGAAUCUAAAUCUGUAACACUUGGAAGCCUGAAUGUCAGUGAAGUCAGCUAAUAUCCUAGAAUAAAAGGGACCAGUUAAUUAUCUCUGAUUGUCUACGAUUGGUCAGAUACCUUGUCACAUGACACUUUGUAAGAACACCUGCUAUUGGUCAGGAUUGCCUUAUUCAACGUGCAAUGGAACCAAUCUCUGUAACUGUUACUGAUGGGCAUUAGGGAAUCUACAAAGCCUAUAUGGUGCAAAUUCUCACAGUUAACCCAGCUGUAAGUUCAACAAGUAUAUAACUUUCAGAUUUGAAAAGGGAUAUUCUAGAUUCAAAGCGAUCAGUGCUUGAUCUAUUUUUCUGCACUAAAGUAAAGGAAAGGACUCUCCGGAAUUGUAUUUUUGAUAUGGGGACAAAGUUGUCUUGCCAUGUAUUGUAUUAUGCUGCAUGCGUAGCCUGAUUGUAACGCUAGUAUUGCGAGGCAUGAUUGUAUGCUGAUUGUUUUUUUUUAAGGCUAAAUGUAAUUCUUGCAAAGGAAUGUCUGCUUUGAAAUCAAAGCAAAUUUGAACUGCAUUCAUCCAUUCACGUUUCUUAUUUAACUCUCCAUUCUUGUUAAGCUGGCAAAACUUUGUUACUUGUCAUUUAUGAAUUAUUCUUUGACUGUUCAAAAUUGGCUGAAGUCUUAAGAAUAAGACUGCUGAUUCUCUUUGCUACUCCACAAGACAUACAAUGUAAAAAUCGUCUUACUUUGUCUAAUUUAGACAACCAAAAGCAUCUCCUUAUAUUAUACUGAUGCUUGAAUUUGACAUCCCGUCACAUAAUAAUGCAGAAUUUUAUGUAUUAGGUUGUAAUAAUUUUUUUCUCUGUUUAGCACGAGGUAAAGGAGUAAAUUUUAUUGUGACACUGGCAAUUACAGCAUUUACAUGUGGUGUAAAUAAUCAGUCAAUCAAGUAAUAUAUGUGGAUGGUCAUAAA